CGCAAUCCACUUUGGUUAUGGACAUGCCUUUCGCAAUCCACCGGUACCAGCGAAAGAGGAUUUUGACCAUCUCAAUAAUAUUCAUCAGUCUACAUCACUAAGUAUCACAGUGGAGAUGAAGGGUGCAUGAACACGAAGAACAUUUGGCUGACUUCAAAGUUGAAUUGUAUUUCUGUUUUCAACAAAACUUUUGCAAAACAUCAACAAGAAUAUAUUUUUUUCGAAUAUUGAUGGUUUUGGCAACCGAUUUGGCUUAGUAUAUAUACUACGUGUGUUGAACUUGAAAUUAUAUUCGUAAAUUUUGAGAGGACCGCUUUCUUAGAUGAACGUUAUUAAUGAUAUCAUCAUCAUUAGCAUCAUCAUUUGAAACCGUUAAAUGACUUAAGGCAGAUCUGUUGUGCAUCUUUCAUUCUUCAACGAACACUAUUUUCAAUGCAUCCAAUGGUGUGAAGUAAUCAGUUUACCAGAAGGAUAACAAAACGAUUUCCCACGAUAUACAAAUGGACAAGAAUACAUGAAAUCUAUAUCAACGAUGGAUACCACUUUGCCAACGACACAAUCGGUAGGUCUGAAUGAUCAAGCUGACUAUAAUGACUCUUAUUCUUUUUCUGGACUAAUGUACGAUUACAGCACAUUCGACCCCGAUGGAAGCUUCUGUCAUUCUAAAGGGCCGAAAUUCGCGCGGGAUGCCACACUCCUGGGCAUUUUCUUCCUGGUUGGUUUCCUAGGAAACUGUUGUCUGAUGAUGGUGAUCUUGAGCAACCCGCGCUUACGAACAUCAGCCAAUAUACUUCUGACGAACCUUGCAAUGGGUGAUUUGCUUUACGUGAUGGUAUCUGGACCUUUCUUUCUGGAACAUGAACUACAUUCAUGUUGGCAGUAUGGACUAGCCGGAUGUAAACUGGUCAACUUCACCCAAGUAAUGGUGCAAGGAGUUUGCGUCUACACCCUUACUGCUCUUAGUAUUGAACGUUACUCGGUAUUGGUCCGAGGUGGGACCAUCAGACACGGCGGUCGUAUGCGAAGAGGGAUUCUCUCUGCCGUCACCGUUUGGUUCAUUGCAGCAGUCGUGGCGUCACCGAUCUUGGUCUACGCCUACGUAUCUGGUGAUGGUUCACCAGUAUGUCAUUACAUACAGAACUUCACCCGAACGGCAAAGGUUUAUGAGGUCGCCAGAGCAAUGGUUAUGUACCUCUUACCGUUGGUUAUCAUCACCUUCCUCUACACAGUUAUUGCACAAACUCUCUUGAAAAGUGCAGGAGCGUUUGCCGGUGAAACCCAACCAGGAGCCAGACACUUCUCGGCGCGAAGACGACUAGCACUCACUGUCCUCAUCCUAGCAUUGUUCUUCGGUAUUUUUUGGCUCCCGUACUACAUCUUCAUCGUUUGGUUCCAGCUUGAUCACUCUUCGCUCGUCCACAUGACCGGUGUUGCUGAAUUUCGGAAUAUCUACUACUUUUCGGCUCUGGCUAACUCUUGCCUCAAUCCGAUUAUUAUAUUUUCGAUGAGCACGAGUCACAGGAAGGCUUUGUUGACAUGUGUGAGGUGCAGGAAAGCAGAGGACACGACAACUACUGUGGCCCACACGCGGUCCUUGGCCAAUGGAAUUCCUGGAGAGAAAGUCAAGCAGCCUAUCGAUAGCAGAUCGGGUUCCAGAAAUACCAGGUGUACAGAACUAUAGCUUCAAACACAGAUAAGUUUAUCAAAAAAAGAGAGCAGGACAUUAUACAUUUAAAGUAUCAUUUACUUAUAUUUCAAAAUUAAUUUCAUUCAAAUGUGUACAAUUUUCGUUUUCAUUAAUGCGUUCAUGUUAUUCGUAUUGAAUAUCUGUCUGUUAUUUUUCUGUCAUCAUCAAUAGCUUUAACAUUAUUUUGGAUAUGAGCACAAAAUACAUUUUCUUUUCUUCGAGCUGAUAAGAAUUUACCUUUAAGAAAGAACUCGAGUCAAAUUAGAAGAGCAGCAUUCCUAUUAGUUCAGUGACAUAACUAUAAAUUUCAUUCGUGAAUUAGAAAUAAGUCUAAAUUUACUAUUUCUGAAUUAUCUUCCUAAAGCGCGAAUGUUUUUGUCCAAGAUUUCUAUUAACAUUUUUUAUUAUGAAUAUUCUGUUGAGAUCUAGAAGUUCAAAUGAAUAUAAUCAUCAAUGCAUUUGCAGACAAAUCGUUUUAUUAACGCGUCAUCAUCGUCUACUUCAACUUCUUUUUUAUUUUAUCCAUUCUCAUUAAAGUGUAUAUACCCUGAAUUUUUGAGGUAAUAACAGAUGCCAAGUAUCAACAGUAAGUGAAAUUUCAUUCAGUCAGUUAUAUGAACAUUUUUGCUUAAUAUAAUUUGCAGGUCUACUCUUUGCCAUUGGUUUUCCACUUAAACGAAAGAUGUUAUUGAUUUUAUUGUUUCAAGCUGACCGUAUUUCUCGUUUACCAGGUGCUAUCUGCGAAAAUUGAACACUGAUUAUUAUAGAGGAUUUCUAAUGUUACUUCACAAUGAUUCCACCCAAUUGAGGAUUGAAAAUUUACAAUCACAUUGAUUACUAUUAUAUCAAACUUUCAACAGCAAUGUUAAUUUUUUUAAUAUAUCUAUUGUUUAAUAGUUGAACAUCUCUGUUCGAAUAGAAAAUUUAACAAAAUUUUGAAUGUCCUCGUGUAUCAAUCAGUUUUCGAGGGAUCAUGACGCAGAUUGCGUUUUCGAAACCACCUUUAUAGGUUGGAAGUUAACUCCGUUUCCACGGAACAAGAUAACAGAAUCACUUCCCCUAAAAUCUGAUGGAAAAUAUCGUUUUAAUUUGAAUAAAAAAGUAGACUAAGUGCUAAUUGGUAUAGCUCUUUUUGCAGCAUUUUUUAAAAAUCAAAUGAUUCAGAAUAAUCGUACGUCUGAAUGCAUAGACAGUCUAUACUAAAUCAUCAAAUGAACAAUAUCUUGUUGAAUGUAAAGAAAUUUUACAUUGUGAAAUGUGUAAAUCGUGUUUUAAAUAUUCUCUUUCAUUCGGAAAUUGUUUGCAUUAUGAAAUAUUAUUGUUAAUAUUUUAUAUUAAAGGGGAAACGUGCUACAUUAACAUAACCGAUAUUUUGGAAUACAAUUUUGAAUGAAGAAGU